ACGAAAUCAUCAUCAAAAAUGAAAUACUUAGCUGCUUACUUAUUAUUGCUCAACGCCGGUAACGCCUCCCCAUCUGCCGCCGACAUCAAGGCUGUUUUGGAAUCCGUUUCCAUUGAAGUCGAUGAAGAAAAGGUCGCCAAGUUGUUGGCCGAAGUCGAAGGUAAGAACGCCGAAGAAUUGAUCGCUGAAGGUACCGAAAAGUUGUCUUCUGUCCCAACCGGUGGUGCUGCUGCUCCAGCUGCUGGUGCUGCUUCUGGUGCUUCUGAAGAAGCCGCUGAAGAAGAAGUCGCCGAAGAAAAGGAAGAAUCCGAUGACGACAUGGGAUUCGGUUUAUUCGAUUAA